ACCGGAAAGCCCGCUGGUCAGCAGCAGGUGCAGUCCGCUCUCCAUAAUAAUAACGGCAACAUCAGCUAACGGGACUCCGCUUUUCACAAACGAUGCGCCGCCUGUUGUUCGCGUUCCUGGCCGCUGCCGGAGCGUCUGUCCUCGGCCUCCGCGGGCCGGGCGGCUCCCGGGCGGCCGGGCCUUGCCUCGCCCCGCUGCAGUGGGAGGGCCGGUGGGUGGUGUACGACCACAGCACCGGGAGGAACAGCCGGGCCGCCGUCUCCUACGACGGCCUGAACCAGAGGAUCCGAGUCCUGCAGCAGAACAAGAAACACACCCCGUGUCAGAGGUUUUUUGAGUACAUUUAUUUGUACCAGAACACGGUGAUGUUCCAGAUUGAUCAGAAGACCAAGGACUGCUCAAAGAUUGCCCUGACGGAGGCCUGGGAUCCCUUCGACAUCCCAGACAACUCCACCUUCGAGGACCAGUACUUCAUCGGAGGCCCUGGGGACAACGUGGAGGUUCAGGAGUGGUCAGACAGGAAGCCGGCACGCAAACACGAGACCUGGGUGGGUGUUUACACCCUGAAGGACUGCUACCCGGUGCAGGAGACCUACACCAGGAACAACAGCGUCACCACCUCCACCCGCUUCUUCAACCUCCAGCUGGGCAUCAGCGACCCUGACGUGUUCACCCCGCCCAGCACCUGCCAAUCGGCUCGGCCCCAGAGGAUGGCCGAGUUGGACUGCUGAAGCCUCACCUUUGACCUUAGAUACUCAACAGCAUUCUGAGUCUGAAAUCACUUCCUGCUUCACUUUCUCACAUGAUUGAUUGAUGAUGAUUCAGUUCAAUUUCAAUUCAGUUUAUUAGGGUUAACCCUAACCCUAAUCCAAUUCACAACAAAAGUUAUCUCAUAUGAGACUUUCCAGUUAGAGCAGGUCGAGACCAAACUCUCUAAUUAAACUGUAGUAUAGAGAACCCGAGGAAAAACUGGCUUUAAGAAGGCAGAAACCUCGGGGCAGACCCCAGAUCAAGAUGGGCUAUGUUAGCAAUAAAGCAAUUCACAAAAACUAGCUGUGCUCACAUGUCCACACACGACUGAUUUACCUGCGCUGGCUAACCAGAGACCUGAGUUACAGGGAGAAACAGCAGUGAAAAUGCUAGCUAAACAGAAAGCAGCAGGUGAAAAGCUCUGAAGGCCCGCCCCCCUGAGCAAGCACACCUGUUUCUGUUUCUCGGAAAAGGCGUGGCUUAGCUCGAAAGUGGGUGUGGCCAACCGGAAGUUGUUAAUUUAAGACUGAAAUUGAUAUAGAUUGAUCAGAAGUUGCUAUAUUUAUCAUUUGUUAGAAAAUUCUGUUUUACAGAACAGCCUCACAAUUGAGUAAGAGAGCUGUUUAUAUUUACUCAAACCUACGCCUUACGUCAGCGCGUCAGAAACAUUAGCAUGACAAAACUCAAUAGUUCUCCACUCUAACACAUUUGAAACACUGAAAUCAAUGAAAUAUAGUGAGUAACACUGAUUAUACCUGCCCAGGUGUGUCUGGAUAACGGCCUAUACAGCUGUACAAACCACAUGCAGAACUGCAUAAUAAUAAAAAGCAAUAUGUUAAAUUUAUCUCUGAUUUCAGUUUAAUAAUUUUUUGGAUGGUAACCUGUCAUAGCAUAGGAGGUUCUUUAAAUUUGUGGUAUUAAAUGUGAAACAUCUAAAA